AUGUCACGUGCUGGGCCGGGAGGUAGAAAAGGAGGCCACAAAGGCCGGGCAAGGCAGUACACAAGUCCUGAAGAGAUUGAUGCCCAGCUCCAAGCAGAAAAGCAGAAGGCAAGGGAAGAAGAGGAGCAAGAAGAAGGAGGUGAAGGAGCAACAGGGGACCCUAAAAAGGAGAAGAAGUCUUUAGAUUCAGAUGAGAGUGAUGAAGAUGAUGAUGAUUACCAGCAAAAGCGCAAGGGAGUGGAGGGGUUGAUAGACAUCGAGAAUCCCAACCGUGUCAUUCAGACAACCAAGAAAGUCACUCAGCUGGACCUGGAUGGACCUAAGGAGCUCUCCCGACGAGAGCGGGAGGAAAUAGAGAAACAAAAAGCAAAAGAAAGGUACAUGAAGAUGCACCUUGCUGGGAAGACAGAGCAGGCCAAGGCAGAUCUGGCCCGAUUAGCCAUCAUCCGGAAGCAAAGGGAAGAAGCUGCCAGAAAGAAAGAAGAAGAAAGAAAAGCAAAAGACGAAGCGGCCAUGGCAGGUAAAAGACUGCAGACCCUGUCCCUUAACAAGUAAGCACAGGACAUGCCAGAGGAGGAAACACCAGGGAACUGUGCCUGGUGCCUGCCAGGAACUCUGUCCUGUUGCAUCCCAUCCCUGCCACGUCGGGUGUACUGCCAAGUCACCUCCACCUCCAAGAGACACCGACGACGUGUUUGUCUUCAUCCUGGCACAGAUUCCCAGUGGGGUUGGGGCAGCUGCUGCCCUGGGCACAGGGCUGUGCUGAGCAGCCACUCUCUAUAACAGUUUGGAAACCUGAAUGUUUUUUGCUGUUUUUGGGGUUCAGAACUCCUAGGUGGGGGG